CAGUCGCGUGUGUGCAACGCUACGAGUCGGUGGUCGGUGGUCGGCGGUUCGCGACUAUAUAGUGGGUCUAUCAUGUGAUUAAAAUCGGUCCGGCAGCUGAGAAGACAACAUCUGUAUUCGCGCACGUAUCGGCAUCGCUAUAGCUAUAGCUAUUGACUCACCGCGACCGCCGGACAGUGGGAUCAACUGUUUUCGGGGGCGGUACGAUGGCGCUGCUUGCCUCGCUCUUUCUUCUCGUCACGCUGGCCAGCUCAGCUCGGGCCAUUACCUGCUACGAAUGUGAUUCCGUCAAUAAUCCAGGGUGUGGGGAGCAAUUCACUGGCGAUGACAUAUCCACGAUGGAUUGCGAUGCGAACAUGCAAACCCAAGGAGCGGAGGCCACCUGCCUUACCAAGUACCAUGAGGGAAUUCCUGGAGACACCCGCUUUGUGAGGCGCUCCUGCUACUACGGCGACUCCUCCCCGAUAAACCUUAAUUGCGAUGACGGACCGGAUCCUGUUGUGCCAUCUAUGAAUUUCCUGGGAUGUACGGUCUGCGACACGGAUCUGUGCAAUGCAGCACCAGGAACAAUCGCACUAUCAUUGGCAAAUGUCUUUAUAGCACUUGGUCUACUUAUCCUAUUUACCAACUAAGAAAGAUGAGAAGCGCAUAGAAAGGCGACUUCUCUUCAAUGUAUCCUAUAACCCAGCAUAUACUCCAGUAUUUUGAAAAAUUUUAAUGUAUCCUUAUGACCACUUACAAACAGAACCACUAGCGGUCGAACUUUUCUAACUAAAACCAUCUUUAGUCAAAAUCAAAGUUGUUAUAUUGAUGGUUUUGAGAGAUAUGAGCUCGAACUUGACGGAUUUUAGUCGUGGAAGUUCGACUGCAAGCCACAAAUAAUUCCCUUGGCUGUUUUUUUUAAAUUUUCAUUUUAUUUGAUUUUCUUUCCAUUGUUUUUAUACAUCCACUAAAAUGAUUUAACAUACAUAUAUCUUUUUAUAAUAUAAUUAUUCUUGUUUGAUUUAAUAUAAUUUAUUGAAUAAAAUUUACUCGUCUCCUA